GAAAAAGAAGCUGUUGGUCUUAGAAAAGAGGGCGAACCGCAAACGCCCUUCAUAGCUGUAACUGAAGAGAGAGAACCUCCGGCGCCUCCAUCUCCUUCACGCGAGCAGACAAGCGACGACUGGGGGACUUCUACUGUUCCUCAAUCUCCGGAAUUCGCCAAGAAUCUGAAAGCCCACGUUUUGUGGCUGUUACUUGAAAGUUGAAGGCAAAACCCCUAAUUUGAGAGAUAAAUUUACGGAGAUAAGGAAAGUGGGAGAAUACCAGCACACUUGGAGAGGAUCAAGAGGAUUCGAUGCAGCGAGAUCCAUUGGAGACGAGCAUCCUCCAGCAUGGUUUUGGGAGAAAACACCCUCCAGAAAACCCACUAUGAUAUUCUUUCAGUGAAAGAAGAUGCAAGCUACGAAGAAAUCCGUUCAAGCUACAGAUCUGCCAUCCUAAACUUCCAUCCAGAUAAAUUGCAAAAGACAUCCGAGAUGCCAAACCACAAUGGUGAGGUAGGAGAUAGAUUCUUGCAGGUACAGAAGGCUUGGGAAGUCCUGAGCAAUUCAAAGACACGUGCAGCUUAUGACAGCGAGCUGCAGGCUGUGCAAUGGGAUGCAGAAGCCGCAGAAGACAUGAGCUUGGAGGAUAUGACGGUUGAAGAUGACGGAGAAGUUUUGGAGCUGUUUCGGCAGUGCCGGUGCGGUGAUUAUUUCUCAGUUGAUUCUUUGGAGUUGGGGAAGAUUGGAUGUGUGGUGUUGAGGGGUGGGAGUGGGAUUUCAUUAGAGACAGUAGAUGGUUUGCCAGCGUCAGUUCUUCUUCUUUGCGGGUCUUGUUCUUUGAAAGUACGUCUCUUGAUAAAUGCUGGCGUUAGCAUGUCAACCGAAGUUGAUCUGUAAUUUAUGCUGAAACUUGCAAUUUUGGUUGUGAUAACCUUAUAAUUGCAAAAUAGUGUUUUGCCUCUUCUCUGCCCUAAGCCGAAAUUAGUUUCUUCGUGGGGCAUUGUUUAUGAAGUCUAAGAGAUGUUAAAAGAGUA